AUGGAUGCGCUCAUCCACUGCGCGAUGCACUACUUGAAGAUGGCCGGAGGUGUGGGAGGGCUCUUGUCGCCGGAGGCGUUCUUCGAGGUGGUUCGAGUGGCUUUUCAAAGCAUGGCCACAGCUGUUCACUACGUGUACAGUGGGUACUUUAGACACAGCGUUGGAGCAGAGUCUCUUUUGAUGGACCUUGGGAAAGCAAUUGGAAAGGAUAUUGUGAACACGGGCGUUUUUUUCGAAUGGCAAUAUGCGCUGUGGGGUCUAGCGAGCUGGGCAGAGAUGUUUUUACACCCUAUACUUUCCAGGGUAUUUCCAUUUGUACACCACAAUAAGGAUGCUAUCUCACUUCUGGUCCCCCUUUUUCUCAGUGCCUGGUUCGAGCAGACGGAAAGGGAUGAGCUAGAGGGCCGACUGCAAGCUGUGAAUCCGGGUUCCCUUCGAAAUAAGGUCAUUGGCGGUGACCGGGAAUCCCAGAGCACGUCCUGGUCGAGAAACUGGCAGUACUUUGCGGCUCAUACGGUUGCGAGUGUUCCUCUUCUUGAUCUUCGUCCCUUAGCAGUGUGGAUCGGCCCAAAAAGCGGAACCUUCGAACUUGACGUGCGGUGGUUCUACGACGACAAGUUUCGGGAAAAGUUCGGGAAGGAUUACCUCGAAAAGGUCUUUGAGCAAGUGGUUCAGGUAUCUUACGAUGUUAUGCAAGAAAGAUACGCACCAUGCGAUGCCGAUAUUACGCAUCCGGCUCAACUGUGUAGUCUGUCAGUCCAGUACUGACGUUGCAUGAUAUUUCAAUUUCUUGAACGCAAAUACAUGUAGAUGUAAGCCUUUAUUUAUUCUUUAUCUUUACCGAACUCAAUCAAGUGACGACUGUAUCACUCGUUCUUUCCGAAAAGAGCGUUAAAUAAAGCUGACCGCCCUCCUCAUUCAUAAGAGCUCCGCAUGGUGUCCUUUUUUUCUUGGAUAGCUGUUCGAGAAGGUGAUAGACAAGGGGCAUCGGCUAUGCACUCCGGGUCCGGUCUCGACAAAGAUGAGAAGACUAGAAUAAUCAUCGAUUGGCUUGCAGGAUAUGAAGGCUGUGUGGACAAAUUGGUAAAGAUUCACGAGGAAACUUGGGCAAAAUGGAAAGCCACGACGAACACGUGGGCUGACAGACACGAGGCCGAGUCGGACCCCGCAGCGGCGCAGGUGGAGGAGGCGAAAGCGUUGCUGUGUGGGAACAAGCCAGAUGAAGAGCAGCAACAAACUCAAGGUUCAUCUUUUACUUCUAUGGAGCGGCGAAGAACGUGCGUCGAUUUCAUGGCCGCCCUGCAGUACCACUUGGCCUAUAUUAAAAAUGCGAAGGGGCAGAGGCCCUACGAAGUGACGGUUUGCGGCAAGCCCGUUCACACGGUCAAGCUUGUUCGUUUUCUGGAACAAAACUCGAAGGAUCAAGUUAAUUGCAAGGUCACAAGAUUGGGCCAUAGCUGGCUAGCGCAGGAGUUGCAACUCGCUAGCGUGGAAAAAGAGCGCACAGACGAGGCGGCGAAGUGUAAAGACGCUUUGGACGAUUUCUACGCCGACACAGGUUCAUCUUUGGGACCGCUCGAACAAAGAGACUGCAAGGCCUUGCUCGACCGCUUCAUGCGCAUGAGCAAGACAAAAGUCUUCCAAUACCAAUUCUGGGAGCCGAGCACGUCAUACACCGAAACAGCACCAAAGCUUGGUGAGAGAAUCAAGGAUUGGGGCAACACAUGCGUGGGUGAGACCUCGCUUCAUCCUGCGGAUGUACUACCUCGGUUUUACGAAGAGGUCGAGAAGGCGGGAAUGUUCGGUGGGAUCAUUGAACGGAAAAGCGUGCUGUUGAAAUUCCUACCAGGUGAUAAAAAGGGGAAACUAUUCGACGGGCCUGCCCGUUUCUAUGUUGAAAUUCAAGACGGCGCUGGAAGUGAGGCUGAGUUCAAAUUGUUCCUGACCGAAGACAUGAGGAGCAGCAUCAGGAGUGCAGUGGAUGCCGCUUCGCGCGACGCUGAGCCGCUCACCGGGGUAAGGGCAGCUUUCGAGUCACAGGAAGAGAUGGGGACGAGCACGCGCCUUUGCAUGUCGCAGAUGCAAGCUGAGCUGGAUCUUCACAAUGGAAAAACGCCACGUAAAGAGUUGCUUAUUUGCUCACUGCCGGAAUGCAGGGACUUUCGCCUCCAAUUUCAAAAAUUUCGGCAGGAACAUUGGGUUUGGGAAUGGAACACGCCGACAAAAGCGACGCCUGCGAUUGCUUCUUCCUACUCAUCGUCGUCGUACCUGAAAGAAAUCGCCCAACCAGCACUGUGUUGGGAUGAUUUAGCACUGCAGAACUCGCACGGCGUAAUCACGUUGAUGCAAGGCAUGGCAGGCACCUCCCUUACCGAGUUCGGACAAACACAGAUCAGAAAGAUCAUACAAGAAGUAAUAAUAACUCAUGAUCCGGCGUGGCCGGAAAAGUUAUUGGAACUCAAAGGACCAGCCGAGACCCUUUGCGACGUCAUGGCCAAAAACGAGAACAUGCGCAAAGUUGUAAACGAAUUUAAUUUCCGAGCUGUUCCUGCACAAGCACACCUGUCCAUCCAAAGCAAUGGAAGGCCGUUGUGGCAGGACAACGAGCGACACGGCAGCUCUGCAGCUUUUUGGCGCGAUGAGUUGGUGUGCGAGGGAAUGCCGGCGAUCUCUGAGUUUCUUCAUCAGGUGGAGGAGGCUGGCGGCUUUUUCAGUAGCGUGCGCGGUGCCCAUGCCAUUCGAUACUUGCCGAAGCGAUUACUUGACACGCACGAAGUAGAACAGCUACUUGAUGCCGCAACGGCAAGAAGAACUGCUCACACUACGCUGUCGCUGAAUGCGCAGGUGAGAACUGGAUUAGUGAUGGCUGGCCGGAUGGCGAUGGCCCUACCCGAGCACGAUUUCGAAAAUGAUGGUAUGAAGAGCUCGACGAUGCUCUCGUCGUGGUGGGUCCAGAAUGACGCAGAACUUCAACUUCCCAAGCGUACUCUGAAAUGCAUGAAGGCGAUGCCUGCUAGUGCUACUCAGAGAAUUGGGAUGGGAGAGCAAGAGCCUGUCAUUUGCACACUAGAGGCCUGCCGAGAUUUCCGUGAGGACUUCAAGGACUUCGCCGAGACCUUCUCGGCAAUGAAAGACCCUAAUAUAAAUAUUUGGGAGUCUGGGUUGGAUGGCGAGGCCGAGGCGUUGAAGUCGAUGACAACACCACUCGCACUGUGUGGAGAUCAUUUGCCGGUGACAGAUGCCGAUGUGGUCAUUUUCUUAAUGCAGCUGAUGCGAAGGAGGUUUCUCACACCAGAUGGGGAGCAAGUAGUCACCGGCCUUGUCCGCACGCGCGUACGGAGUGGAAGCCUGACACAGGAGAUGAAACGCUCAGAAACCAUCUGUGCCGUAUCGGCCCAUCUGAAGGGUGUCCACGAUGUGCUCGAAGAAUUUAACUUCGAGUCCUUACGGAGACAGCUCCUCGCCAGAAGUGUCAGCGGCAGCUCUUCUCCUCCACUUUGGGAACCAGUCCAAGAAGAAUCCGACCAGGGCAGCGACGUCGCCCGCCUUCGUGGAAAGGGCGUCGACUUUGGGCUAAUUGAGUGCAGUGGAAUGGUGUUGCCUUUCUUCACUCAGUUUCUUCACGAGGUGGAGCUCGCUGCGAAAUUUAUCGACCCCUACCUUUAUUCAUCACCAGGAGACGAAAAAACCGGAGCGACACACAGACAAAUUCAACUGCACCACAAAACAGGAAACAAUCCCUCUCUAACAGACGCCAUGAAAGUGGAGCUGUUGUGGGCGAUCCGCUUGGCAAGCAACGGAGUGAAGCCAGGAAUGACAGGCCAGGUGGGCGGAAUUGCGGCCCAGUGGCAGACUUCUCGCGAAAAUCAAAAAAGCACGGUGGAGGAAUGCAUGAAGGCCGUGCAAGCGCACUUCGUGCAAGAAUCAUAUCCGCCGCUUAUUUGCCUACUAGAGAAGUGCGAUGCCUUUCGUUCACAUUUUAAAGGAAAGGUGAGGACCAAACCAGACGCAAGCCGUGUCUGGAUAAGUCAGUCUGCUCUAGACGUCAAGGGCCUGGCAUUGUGUGGCGAUCAUCUGGAGAUUCAACGUGCGGAUGUUGUUAUUACCCUGAUGCAGCAGAUGCAAGAGGCAUUGCUCACUGAGUCCGGAAGGGACCUAGUUAAGCACCUCCUUGCGCCCUCACCUGAACGAUCAGGGCAGGAGGAGUGCCAUACUGAUCUGCACCUCGAAAAACGGCCAGGGUCAGAGACUUCGUCGGUGGGCGCCAAGGACGAGUUGAUGAAUGUCGCUACGUUACAAUUAACGCCAGACUCUACACUGUGUAAGCUCGUCGAAGACGAUUUUACAGUUGCAAAAAUGCUCGAUAAAUUCAACUCAUGUGUCCGUGACCGUGUGUCGGAAGCUGCGCCCCCGGCUGAAACGAGUACGAGUGCCGAUUCUAUUCCUACGUUAUCGUAUUUUUUGGGGUGGUCGUUGUUCUCGACGACCACGGUAUCGAGUCCCAAUCCGGCACUGGCUUUCUGGGAGGGCACGGAUCCUCACGCAAAGGUAAAGCCACUCUAUGGGGGCGUGGAGUCGUGUUCCUAUUUAUCACGACAAAGAACAAUUCUGAAGCGGCAGCGAUAAAAACAGAGUAAUUAGUAAAGCUCAUUGCUAAACUGUAGUGUUCAUCUAGUUGCUGCAUGUUCAACAGUAUAUGAAUAUCGAGACGAAGGUGUCCUUCCCCUUCGAAACGAGAAACGUGUUAAGAGACUCAAGGUGCAGCAGCAGUUUCGGACGAUGCGCCAAAAAGUACCAGAUACCUGCGUAAAGUUUUUCCUUUUUUAUUUUUCUGCGAAGAAGAGUCGACAUAAAUUAAAAAUAAAUAAACAUAUAUAAGAAACCCUCAGUCAAUGCGUUUUUAGGAACCGAAAGUCUUUUUGUAUAGUGUAUUUCUUUUUAACUCAUUUUUAGAACAACUCAUGAGUUCGAGUUCCCGUUCGGUUUCGCGCACCUUGUCGUGUUGUGUUAUCGUCAUAUUUUUUUCAUGGAGAUAAACAUGUUUGCGCAGUUGUUGCUCUCCGUCCACACUGCCGUGUAGCAGUAGCGUGGCCGCGGUGCCGCUGCAAAGCAUUGCGACGCUUCCUGCCCCGGUCUAUAGAGCUACUUACUAUGAUGAGAGGCCACGGCCUCGCCCGCCGCACCCCUAACGCUCUGACGUGAUAAACAUAGAGGAAGAUCAUGAACCGAAACUAAGUUGGCUAGUUGUGUAAAUAAAGCAUCAGGAUAAUUCGAAAAUCUUCACGACCGCUACCAGCUGCUGGUCGUAGCCAAGCACGUCUGUUCAUCGGUAACGGUAAGCCUCAUUUUUCGUUUGACCAUAUCCGCAUCGUGGUGCUGAUUCGACUCCCACUCGAUGAACUAAAAGAAAUGGAAUACUGUUACUCAUGAGUAUGAGUAAGUACCACACUCGGACAACGGGAGUGGUGUUGUGAUGCAUGGAUGUGGUCAACGAAUACGAACUUCAAGACCAAGCUCAGGUCAGUCGUGUCACAUUUUCCCUUCGACAAUGAUGAUUCCGAUAGGCAUUGUUCUCUGAAGGGGGCGACUUAAUACAUUUACGUUUAGC